CGCUUGGCAUCAGUUGUUUUUUAACAAGCUUACGAGUAGCAUUUGAGGAGUUUAAUUGUGGAUAUUAUUCCAAAUUAUUAUUCUUGUGAAAAAGUAUAUAAAAUAAAAGUAUUUUGAAAGAAGAUGGCUUUCUAUCCAAUGAUGUUCAAUUUGGCCGAUGAUUUGGAUCGUUUCUCACUUGGUGCAGUAACGCCAUAUUACAAUUCGCACGACAUCUGUCCCUAUAUUAGACCAAAUAACCAACUCGCACGUCAUAGUCAUCAUGGUACCACAAAAUUUGGUCAACUCUCGAAAAUUGGAAAGGAUGGUUUCCAAGUUUGCAUGGAUGUGGCACAAUUCAAGCCAAGUGAACUUAAUGUAAAAGUUGUGGAUAAACAUAUUAUCAUUGAAGGCAAACAUGAGGAACGAGAGGAUGACCAUGGUUAUAUUACUCGUCAUUUUAUACGCCGCUAUGGUUUACCAAAGGGUUAUGAUUCUGAAAAAGUCAUUUCAACUUUGUCAUCUGAUGGUGUACUUACAGUUAGUGUUCCUAAGCCACAAAUAGAGGACAAGUGUAAUGAGCGUGUUGUUCAAAUUCAGCAAGUUGGUCCAGCUCAUUUGAAUGUUAAGGAAAAUCCUAAAGAAAUUGAAGGCGAGAAGAAGAAGGAAGAACCCAAAGCUUAAAAUGUACUCAGUAUUUAAAUACAUAAAUAUAAAAUAUUUAUUCAGUUAAUACUUUUGAAGUCAUAUAUAUCUUUGUAGAAUUUUUUUUUUCUUUUUAUUACAUGCAUUGUUUAAACCUAUUAACCUCGAUGAGAGAAAUAAUAGUCUGUUAAUUUAGGUAAUUUCUUUUUUUGUAGAUUUUUAUGAAAUUAGAAGUUUUUCAAAUAAAUAAA